AUGAAACCGACAAGGCUGUCAUUUUUUGAUCUAGGAAUCUUGUUUGACACUGAUGCGCCAAAUCUUGAUACUGAGCCCCAGGUCUGUGGCCAAAUUGAUGCAGCAGCGUCAUUAGAGGUAGGUUUCCUUACAGGUAGGGGGUCUGUCUGUAGCUGUAGGCAGGCCUACUAAACAAGGCACCUGCAGGGAAGGACAUGCCAUUAUGACCUCCAUCACUUAGUCCUUACAGCCAUUAGUACGUGAGGGCAAGUCCUAAUGUUCUGUUCUGUUGUCGCCAGGGGCUCCUCCUGUAAGCUGAGCCCAUAUUUAGUGGUCCUAGACUGACAUAUGAGCUGUAUGCAAUGCAUAAAUUAGAGUUUUAUACAGCACUUUCUAUCAAUUUACAUCAACCCAGCUGAGCAAUUGUCCUCAGCAGCUGCGAUGCUCAGGCCACCCGCAGUCCGAGGGAGACACUCAGGGUCUGAAAAGACCCUGAAAGUGUAUUUCUGCAUAACCCCCUGUCUAUUGUGAUCAGUGCUGGGAUUUGCCAGCUACCCAGCACCAUCACAGUGUCAUGGGCAGAGGUAGCAUGCUGGAGCUUCAGCAGUAAAGGGAGAUCUCCCUGCCAUGUUGAAAACAGCCAGUAGAUGGCAGUCACAGACUGUUUUAGCUUCUAGAUCCCUCCACUGAUAUCAGUACUGAUUUUAGCAGAGGGAAUCCCUUAGGGUUAGGGAUGCAGGGCUAUUUACUAAAGUGAGAAUGCAAAAUUAAUUUUACAUUUUAGACCAGAGUAGUUGAACUGGAAGCAUAGCGGACUUAGAGAAUUUUCUUCAGUUUGGCCAUUUUUGCCUUAACCCCUUAGGGACCAAGCUUCUGGAAUAAAAGGGAAUCAUGACAUGUCACACAUGUCAUGUGUCCUUAAGUGGUUAAAGGGACACUAUAGUCACCAGAGUAACUACAUCUUAAUGUAGUUGUUCUGGUUAGUAUAGUCAGUUGAAGUACAACUUAGAGCAGGGAUUCCCAAUUAAUUUUUCCAGUGGAACCCUUUGACAUAGUAUACCAACAUCGUGGAACCCCCGGAAAAAAAAUUGUGCCGUAGCACAAACCUUUUAAUAAGUGGCUUUUUUUAUUAUCAUUUUUAAAUAUUUUCCUCAUAAACAGUUUAGUCUUCUGAUACUCCUGAAGCUUUCACGUAAAAAAGUCAAUGUCUUUAUCUUUGUGCUCUGCGUGAUUUUGCUUAAAAUGACGACGUAAUUUAGCAGGUGCUAACGAACUGUUUGGCAAUAUUUUCUUGCAAACUAAGCAUUGUGCUUGAGGAAUAUUUUUAUUUGUGGCACUUGUGAAUCCAAAUUUUAAGUAGCUUUCAUUAUAUUUUCUUUUCUUUGUGUGAGAAGAAGAUUGGCUAGCAUUUGUGCUUUUCUUUUUUUCUUUUUUGGCUUGUCACUUGUCUCUGCUAUUUGAGGAACAUUAGAUUCAACUAUUUCAGACUUGUUUUCUUAAUUUCUUGUAGUAUUGGCUUUCUCGGUUUCUAUAAGUGUCGAACAGUUAGAAGUAGUAAUAAUUUUUCUCUUGAUAGUUCCUUGUUUUAACCAGAUGUCCAAAUUCAUGGUUGUUGGUUGGUAAAAACAAACAAACAAACAAACAAACAAACACUACUCUAACCUGAAAAAUACAGAUUUCACUACCUGACUGCAAUGGAAAGAAAUGAACAUAAGCAGGAUUUUGUCUCAGUCUUGGAGUAAAGAGAAUACUUGACUGCAAAGGACGCUGUUUUGUUAACAGCUCUUAGAAAUAAAUAUUUUUGGUAUAUCACAGAUUUCUACUGAUAGUACGUAGAAAAAAUAAAAUACAUAUAUAUAUAAAAUUAUAUUUAAAUACAAUUAUAGAUCGACGCGCGAUCUCUGCUGUUUCAUAUCUUCUGGGAACAGCAGGGAGCAGCAGCCAUCUUGGAUGGGGCAAUUCAUGGCGGAACCCCAAUUUUGUUAUUGCAGAACCCUUGGAUUUCGCGGAACACCAAUUGGGAAACAGUGACUUAAGAGUAUAGUCAGAUGUUGAAAUGUAUUCAAUGGAUCUCUAUGAGGAGAUGCUGAUUGGCCAGGGUGAUGUAUGGCUCUGCCAACUGCCCUCGCUUCUUGGCUGAGAUCAUCAGAAUUGACAAUCUCAGUCAAGCCAAUGAUUUUACAUCCUAGACAUAUGAGGCAUUUAACAAUCAGCACUGAUGCGUAAAUCUAUUUUGAGCUCUUUUUCUUUAGUUGUAAUUGUUGUUGGGUUUUUUUUCUUCCAUUUUUCAAAUUUCUGUUCUUUAAAAAACAAUAUAUAAUAUUGUGACGAAAGCAACUUGGCCGCUGAGUCUUGGAGGGGACUACUGGCCAGCAUUUUACCCUGUGACUACGGCCCCUUUAAUUUAUUUUGGUUGAGAGACCCUAAUUGUGCCUAUUGGCACUUUAAACAUUGGUUCUUCAAACUCCCGAACAGUCUAAGUGGCCGCCAUUCGACAUUUGAACACGAGGUGGUGACCAUCUUGUUCGCAUGGACUAAAACAGCGAAUAGGCUUCAGGGGGACUUAGCCACGAAUGCCCUGGAACUAUUUUCGGCAUGAAAACCUUGCGGUUCCCGGUCGGCCUUCCAGCGGCACUUACCUGCGAAUCUAUGGAACUGUUUUGGGCAUGAAAUGCUGGGUUCACCUAGGCAAAAAUAUGACUUCCAUAACAUUUCUGAACCCUUCAUCUGAUCUGGGUGAUUUUCGGAUAUGUUGUUCACCCAGAUCAGAGCUAUCAGGGGGUAUAAGACAGGGUAUGUUAUGUUUUGGGGUACUUAUGGUACUUUAUAAAAAUGUGUGUUUUUAUUAAUGCAUUAACUACCUUAAUUAUAUCACAGGCAGAGGGGAGGGAUUGCUUAAUGUAUGUGGGAGUGUUAGACAAUGUUAUACUGUUCUUAUUGCUCUGUACAGUUUGUAAUGUGGUGUUCCAUCAGGUCCAGGGGGUGUGCCUCUGGCCUGAGGAAUUGUUUAUAAGCCAACCUGUACCAAUAAAGCUUCAGACUUGUUCUACCCUUCAUGAAGUUUCGGCUGGAUUAAAGUGAGCAAUUUAUAGGGUUUUUAUCCAUUUAAUUGCCAUGGUGAGUAGAGGGACACUAUAGUUUUAGAAAUACAGACUUGCUUCAAUAUUUGAAUGCAUUAAAGGGACAUUCCAGUCACCAUAACAACUUAAUCUAAACAAAGUUGUUAUGGUACCAGCAGGCCACCAGAGGCACUCUUACCUUAAAGUGUUAAACCGUUCUUGAAUAAAAAAGGCAAGUUUCUUUUGUUAUCAUUUGGGAACUACAGGUUGGCUUACAGCAUGGGUCCUCAAACUCCGGCCCCCCCAGAUGUUGCUGAACUACAACUCCCAUGAUUCUCUGGCUAUCUAUGUAAUUCAAAGAAUCAUGGGAGUUGUAGUUUAGCAACAUCUGGGGGGCCGGAGUUUGAGGACCCACGGCUUACAGUGUCGGCUGAUGCUCUAAGCCAAUCAGCGUCACCCCUGCACGGCGCCACUCUGCGUUUCCUGAAACUGAGAUUCAGAAGCCAUAUGACGUCAGGGGGACUGCAGAUCAGCGCUGGAGACACACUUUGGGGUUAAUCCAUUCGAGAACAGUUUAACUACUUAUGGUAAGAGUGUGCCCCGUACCUCCAGGCACUAUAACAACUUCACUUAGAUUAAUUUGUUAACGUGACCAGAGAGUCCCUUUAAAAAGUGUUGUUGCUCCUUUCAUCUUCUUUUAAGCAAAAUGUAAUAUUUCAUUCUCUCCACCAUACAAAUCAAAUAAAACCAGCAAAUAAGUUAUAUGAAACAGGGCUCUGUGUUUCUUCCUACAAGUCAGUACCCAUCUCUUAAUGUACUUUCUGAUCCCUGGUGAAUUGCUACAUUCAAAACCCAGCUUUAGAAUGCAUGGCUUCACCCGCGCAUGCGCAGUCCGCCAGCUCCAAUCAGGCCGUGUGACGUGCGCGUCCAACAAGCGCAGAGCGAGCGCAUGCGCAAAACACCUCCUUCGAGCUGCUCAUGCGUCGCGCCAGCCGGACCGCGCAUGCGCCGCGCGGCUCCACCAGUCUGCGCCUGUGUGGAAAUUCAAAAGCAUCAGGGACACGGAGGAAGAGGCUCGGCAGCUCACAUGCAAUAACAAUCACAACAAUAAUAACAACAACAACAAUAAUAACAUAUAUAAAAUAAUAAUAAUAAUAAUUAAUAAUACUAAAAACAUCGGGACUGUCCCGACAGAAUCGGGACUGUUGGCAAGUAUGUAAAACACUGCUAGCAUUCCUCUGUCACUGCAUUGUGAAUAUAGACCAUACUGUGUGAGCAUAGAGCCCAGGGCAGCCAGGCAGGCUUUAUUACUGACUGUAUGUAUUACUGAUUAGUGAAUAGAGUCCAUACUGUGUGAGCAUAGAGCCCAGGGCAGCCAGGCAGGCUUUAUUACUGACUGUAUGUAAUACUGAUUAGUGAAUAGAGUCCAUACUGUGUGAGCAUAGAGCCCAGGGCAGGCAGGCAGGCUUUAUUACUGACUGUAUGUAUUACUGAUUAGUGAAUAGAGUGCAUACUGUGUGAGCAUAGAGCCCAGGGCAGCCAGGCAGGCUUUAUUACUGACUGUAUGUAUUACUGAUUAGUGAAUAGAGUCCAUACUGUGUGAGCAUAGAGCCCAGGGCAGCCAGGCAGGCUUUAUUACUGACUGUAUGUAUUACUGAUUAGUGAAUAGAGUGCAUACUGUGUGAGCAUAGAGCCCAGGGCAGCCAGGCAGGCUUUAUUACUGACUGUAUGUAUUACUGAUUAGUGAAUAGAGUGCAUACUGUGUGAGCAUAGAGCCCAGGGCAGCCAGGCAGGCUUUAUUACUGACUGUAUGUAUUACUGAUUAGUGAAUAGAGUCCAUACUGUGUGAGCAUAGAGCCCAGGCAGGCAGGCAGGCUUUAUUACUGACUGUAUGUAUUACUGAUUAGUGAAUAGAGUCCAUACUGUGUGAGCAUAGAGCCCAGGGCAGCCAGGCAGGCUUUAUUACUGACUGUAUGUAUUACUGAUUAGUGAAUAGAGUCCAUACUGUGUGAGCAUAGAGCCCAGGGCAGCCAGGCAGGCUUUAUUACUGACUGUAUGUAUUACUGAUUAGUGAAUAGAGUGCAUACUGUGUGAGCAUAGAGCCCAGGGCAGCCAGGCAGGCUUUAUUACUGACUGUAUGUAUUACUGAUUAGUGAAUAGAGUGCAUACUGUGUGAGCAUAGAGCCCAGGGCAGCCAGGCAGGCUUUAUUACUGACUGUAUGUAUUACUGAUUAGUGAAUAGAGUGCAUACUGUGUGAGCAUAGAGCCCAGGGCAGCCAGGCAGGCUUUAUUACUGACUGUAUGUAUUACUGAUUAGUGAAUAGAGUCCAUACUGUGUGAGCAUAGAGCCCAGGGCAGCCAGGCAGGCUUUAUUACUGACUGUAUGUAUUACUGAUUAGUGAAUAGAGUCCAUACUGUGUGAGCAUAGAGCCCAGGGCAGCCAGGCAGGCUUUAUUACUGACUGUAUGUAUUACUGAUUAGUGAAUAGAGUCCAUACUGUGUGAGCAUAGAGCCCAGGGCAGCCAGGCAGGCUUUAUUACUGACUGUAUGUAUUACUGAUUAGUGAAUAGAGUGCAUACUGUGUGAGCAUAGAGCCCAGGGCAGCCAGGCAGGCUUUAUUACUGACUGUAUGUAUUACUGAUUAGUGAAUAGAGUCCAUACUGUGUGAGCAUAGAGCCCAGGCCAGGCAGGCAGGCUUUAUUACUGACUGUAUGUAUUACUGAUUAGUGAAUAGAGUGCAUACUGUGUGAGCAUAGAGCCCAGGGCAGCCAGCCAGGCUUUAUUACUGACUGUAUGUAUUACUGAUUAGUGAAUAGAGUGCAUACUGUGUGAGCAUAGAGCCCAGGGCAGCCAGGCAGGCUUUAUUACUGACUGUAUGUAUUACUGAUUAGUGAAUAGAGUCCAUACUGUGUGAGCAUAGAGCCCAGGGCAGGCAGGCAGGCUUUAUUACUGACUGUAUGUAUUACUGAUUAGUGAAUAGAGUGCAUACUGUGUGAGCAUAGAGCCCAGGGCAGCCAGGCAGGCUUUAUUACUGACUGUAUGUAAUACUGAUUAGUGAAUAGAGUCCAUACUGUGUGAGCAUAGAGCCCAGGGCAGCCAGGCAGGCUUUAUUACUGACUGUAUGUAUUACUGAUUAGUGAAUAGAGUCCAUACUGUGUGAGCAUAGAGCCCAGGGCAGCCAGGCAGGCUUUAUUACUGACUGUAUGUAAUACUGAUUAGUGAAUAGAGUGCAUACUGUGUGAGCAUAGAGCCCAGGGCAGCCAGGCAGGCUUUAUUACUGACUGUAUGUAUUACUGAUUAGUGAAUAGAGUGCAUACUGUGUGAGCAUAGAGCCCAGGGCAGCCAGGCAGGCUUUAUUACUGACUGUAUGUAUUACUGAUUAGUGAAUAGAGUCCAUACUGUGUGAGCAUAGAGUCCAGGCCAGGCAGGCAGGCUUUAUUACUGACUGUAUGUAUUACUGAUUAGUGAAUAGAGUCCAUACUGUGUGAGCAUAGAGCCCAGGGCAGGCAGGCAGGCUUUAUUACUGACUGUAUGUAUUACUGAUUAGUGAAUAGAGUGCAUACUGUGUGAGCAUAGAGCCCAGGGCAGGCAGACAGGCUUUAUUACUGACUGUAUGUAUUACUGAUUAGUGAAUAUAGUCCAUACUGUGUGAGCAUAGAGCCCAGGGCAGGCAGGCUUUAUUACUGACUGUAUGUAUUACUGAUUAGUGAAUAGAGUCCAUACUGUGUGAGCAUAGAGCCCAGGGCAGGCAGGCAGGCUUUAUUACUGACUGUAUGUAAUACUGAUUAGUGAGUAGAGUGCAUACUGUGUGAGCAUAGAGCCCAGGGCAGCCAGGCAGGCUUUAUUACUGACUGUAUGUAUUACUGAUUAGUGAAUUGAGUCCAUACUGUGUGAGCAUAGAGCCCAGGGCAGCCAGGCAGGCUUUAUUACUGACUGUAUGUAUUACUGAUUAGUGAAUUGAGUCCAUACUGUGUGAGCAUAGAGCCCAGGGCAGGCAGGCAGGCUUUAUUACUGACUGUAUGUAUUACUGAUUAGUGAAUAGAGUGCAUACUGUGUGAGCAUAGAGCCCAGGGCAGGCAGGCAGGCUUUAUUACUGACUGUAUGUAUUACUGAUUAGUGAAUUGAGUCCAUACUGUGUGAGCAUAGAGCCCAGGGCAGCCAGGCAGGCUUUAUUACUGACUGUAUGUAUUACUGAUUAGUGAAUUGAGUCCAUACUGUGUGAGCAUAGAGCCUGGGGCAGGCAGGCAGGCUUUAUUUCUGACUGUAUGUAUUACUGAUUAUUUAAAUCAUUUAGCUAACUCAUGGCAUGCUCCUCUAGCACUCUCUGUAAACCAAUAUUGGUAAAUCCUGGCCCCUACAGCUGUUAGGAAUUUCCUUACAGCUGAGCAUCAUGGGACAUGUAGUACACAAGAACUGGAGUGCCAUGGCUUCUGUAGCUGCAGAUAGCUGGUUACAGAAUAUGUACACAGCUAAUUCCCAUCAUGUGUACACUAUUUCUAUUUGAUUUUUUUAUUUUUUUUGCACAAGUCUUGUUUUGGUUUUUAUUUUUAAAAAUAUAUAUAUUUCAGAGAUUGUUUUACAAAAAUUACAUAGAAAUAUCACCCAGUUUCAUAUUUAGUGGAGAGUGCAAGAUGUAUCGGGUUUUAAAAUAUCAAGAAACUUGGAUACCUCUGUUGAUGAAUCUUUGGGUUACCCUGAUUUGCAUAAUGACACAAAUCAAAAUACCCAACCCAGUUUCUCUUAUUUAUCAAAGUUAUUAUUCAUGUUUAAUAAUAGUAAUAACUGUUACAUACAUUGUAUUUGUGUUUAAUAAUAUUUAUUAGAUUGUUUGCUAUAAUUUAUGUUGAAGAAUGGUCACUACAGUAUUAUUGUUUCUGUUCAAUAAUUAUUACGUACGUUGUGAUUUAUUUAUAUUUAUUAGUAAUGGUUACAGUGUAUAUAGUGCUUUUCUUAAAGUGGCAUUGCACUGGAACUUUUCAGGUCUUUUCCAUAAAGACAGAAUCUUUUUCAAUACUCCGUGACUACUUUGUCUUAUGAACAGGAAUAUUUUUGGCAAAUAAUGGCAAUUGACAAAGCUUCGAUCAGCUUUCACUGUAAAAUUUUGCCAUUCGUUGUGGCAUCUUAUUGCAUUUGUUCUGUGAUUAACGAUAGAGGUUGUUGCAGGUAAUCUGUAGAAGUCUGUGUUGCACUCUCAUGAGUAACCAAUAACUAACCAAAAAAAUAAAUCUCUUAUUAUACCUAUACGAGUAGGAUUAACUGCUGUUUGGAUUAAAUUUAUGCAAAAAGGGUAAUUCUAGGACACAAUUCUAAACGUGUAGCAAUUACCAUGGAAACCAGUGGAAUGUUCAUGCUGAAUGUUCCAAAUGUGGUUGAGAAUUAUUUCCACAUUCACAGAGCCAUGUGGGGGUUUAUUCACCAAUUGACUGACUUGAAUAGCCAAAAUGCAAAUCAUAUGAAACUUCACCACUUUUUCCUAUGUUUACAUUUCCCUUGUCAAGUCAACAUAAUUCUUGGUUUAGCGAAUAAACCUUAUUGAAGGCUUUUAAAAGUGUAAAUUGUUGAUUUGGGCCUAAAAUGUAACUUUGACAAUUCACACUUUAGCCAAUAACCCUGAGUGCAUUUGUGUAUGCAGUAUCAGAAUUCAUAAUGUUGUACCAAACUCUCAUUGGUAUAGGAGUUCUGGGCCAAAAAAAGAUUUUGAAGUCUCUUGGUGCUGAUCCUAUUUUUUUUUUUUUAAUUGAGGUGUGUAUGUUGCCGUAUUCUGCUUGUUUACUUCAUGGGUUCUGCAGUUGCUUUGUAGCGUUGUACGUGUGCAUAUGUGGGCCAUUAUACUGUACCGUAUACGUUCCUGAUUAGUUUGUGAUAUUGUGUGAUAUUAUGGGGGCUGUUUGUCUAAUUGUGUUUGUGGAUGAUAUGCCACAUUGUGUGUUUGGUGUGUGAGAGGCUGAUUGUGGGGUUGUGUACAUAUAUGUGGAUUGUCAGUUGUGUUGUGAUUGUGGGGACUGUGUGUUUCUUUGUGUAUGGGCUGUUUGUAUUAUUUGUAUGAGGAAAAGGCUUCUUCUGCAGCUCUGUGUAUAUCUAGCAGUGUGGGUGGCUUUCCUGGGGUCCAGUGGGGACCGGCCUGGCCAAGAACAUGUCACGGGCCCUCUCUACCUUUUGUAUUUGUGUUUGUAUAUUGUAUGUUCUCCACAGCGCUGCGGAAUCUGUUGGCGCUUUAUAAAUACCAGUAAUAAAUAAAUAAAAAAUAAGGGCAGGAGCUACGAUAGCUACUGCGGGCUGCUCUAUCCCAGAGCAGAUCCUGUUUACAAGUGCUGGGAGAUCACUUGCUCUAAGUGCUGCAAUGCAUACAUUGAGGAUUACUCCAUAACACCUGCAAUCUCCACUCAGUCUCCACUGGUGACUGCUGAUAGACCAGAACCCGUUUGGUUGUGACAGCCUUGAGUGCCGUGCAAAUGCCACUCUAGUGUCAUGCUUGGAACACGUGCCAUAGGUUUUUGACCCCUGGCAUAGGAUAUUGAUAUAUUUGCAGAAUUUGUUUUCAAAUUGACACUCUGGACCCCUAAGGCACUUUAGCUUGCUAAAAUGAUUUAUGUGUGAAGAGUUUGUCUUCAUUUUUUGUCUGUUUACAAAAAAGUACAGAUUUCAGUUGAAAUUGGAACUUUUAUAUAUGAACGAACCUUGUUACACCCACCUGACUGUCAAUCAGACAACAGGUCCUGUUACUUCUCAGUUGGUUAUCUCAGUGGAGGUAAACUCAAGAGGCAGCAAUUGCCCAGAGCAACUAACUUGUGAGGACUUCUCAUUAAGUUGCAUUAGAAAGUCUGUGAUUGGACAGUCACAGAAAGCCUGGGCAGGGUUAGAAGGGGAGGACUUGCAAAGGGAGCAGAAUAGAGAUACAAAGAGAAAAGAAAUGCACCAAUAAGUGUGUCACACCAAGGGUGCUUAAUUCAUUGUCGCACUAUUGAAUAUUGCUUAUUAAAGGGACACUAUAGGCACCCAGACCACUUUAGCUCAUUUAGUGUGUCUCUGUUACACUUAGUGCUGCAAUGUAAAACAUUGCAGUUUUAGAGAAACUGUAAUGUUUACAUUGCAGCACUAAGACUGACUCUAGUGGCUAUCUUCCAGACAGCCACUAGAGGUGCUUCCGGAAUGGUACCGGAUUUUUUGUCCAGUAACUGACGCUGGACGUCCUCACUCUCUUUAUGAGGACAUCCAGCGUUUGCUAUUUCCCCAUAGGAAAGCUUUGAUUCAAUGCUUUUCUAUGGGGAGGGCCUAAUGGGCACGCGACACUCGCCACGCCUGUGCAUUAGUGCCCCCUCGUCGAGUGAUGUCAGAGGAGUCAGAACCAUGACCCAGCGCCGAGUGACAUUGGCGCUGGGAAUCAGGUAAGUAAAUAAAGUGUUUUUAACCUUUUAAUAAUCAUGGCGUAGAUGCAGAGGGAGCUACAGUGCCAUGAAUACAGAUUUGUAUUCCUGGCACUAUCGAAUCCCUUUACUGUAAUUUGUGUAGGGCAUAUAUGAAUUGGCUACUUGCAAAAUUGUCAGGAGAGGGGUUAUAUUGGAUAAUUAGGUAAGUGAUAGAUGUCAGAUGGUUUACAGGAUGACUUCAACCAAAGCUUCUUCAAAGUGUGAAAUGUAACACAUGAGAUGGCUCUAAGUCUAGCUCAAUGUAAACUACCUGGCUAAUUUACCAUAUGCCUACAUCCCCUCUUAGAUAGUGGGUUCUUUUGAUAAGUUAAUGACCAUUCGCAUUCAAGAGAACCAUUGUGUUCCACUGUCAUAUCCAAAACAAACAUUAUUAAUAAUGACCAAUCAAUAAUCCUACCUUUUUUUUGUGCAUAUUUGGAAUGGGAAAAGCACAACCUACAAAAAAGCAAAUACAUAUGGCAUAAAACUUUUGAAAGAACUGUGAAGUCCACUAUAUUGGAUCAUAAGUAGGACGUGUGACAUUUGUAUGGAAUUGAAAAAUUGCAAGACAUUCAUAAAUGCAAUAACUAUUUCUGUGGCAAGCAUACAAAAAGAGAUGCAAUCACAAGUUUCUAUUUCGAUUGAUGUGACCCAUUGAUGUGGGUCUGGAACCCAAGGGGGAGGUCUUUUAUUGUUCAUAAAAAUACGCCUUCCUCUCCACCUAUCCCACCUCUGGGCUGUCUUGGAAAUCUGAGAUGAAUACAGGAGGUAAACAUCUUAUUGAUGGGCAAAUGUUUAGUGUGCUUAUUAGGGGCCAAGGUCUAAUACUGAGUAAGUUGCCAUCUUUCCUUGCCUGAGACCCUCCUAACAGAAAAUCCUAUUACUUUACCAUCUAAGUGCGUAGUUUGGUUUGUCUGUUAAUUUCUCCUUUUUUUAUUUUUAAUUGGUGUUCCUGUAAAUAAUGUGUUUGCCAUCUGCUUUUAUGUGCACUGUUAUUAUUGUUUGUUCAUAGUAAAUAUUGCUUUAUGAAGUUCUGCCUUUGUCUAGUAAAGACUCACGUUACCUGAUUAGACCUGUUUAUUAGUAUUUUGAAUUUGCAUAGAUAUUGUGCUAAAUUGUAUUUGGUGGGGUUUUAUUUUUUGUUAAGUGUUAUGAGAUUAUUUAUUUUAUUAUAAUUAGGUAUGAGUGUUUUUUUUCUUCAUGUUUUUCCUGUCUAGUGCAGACAAACCAGUGAAUUUUAACCCUUUCACCACCAGAAGUGGAGUAAGGUGCGUUUGUGACAAAGUGCCUACAUGUUUUAAUUUGGGUUAUAUCUAUUAAACAGUGACUUUUUUUUUUUUUGCAUUUUGGCUGUUGAGUGCCCCUUUAAGUAUAAUGGGAGCAUAAUUGGGGUAACCCGAGAUAUCUUUAUCAAAAGUUCUUGGGUGGUGCAGGUAGAAUUUGGGAGUUAAUUUGGUGUUACUUUAAAAAAAAAAACAAACAAACAAAAAAAACAAGUAAAACUAAACAAUCUCUGUUUGCCUUCCAUUGCAGAUUUACUUGGCUGAAGGACAGGAAAGAAUAAAAAAAGGUAUGCACCACAAGCUUUAUAUGGAUCAUCCAUCAGUGUUUGUCACCAGGAGAAAUUGUUUAUUACAAGCUCUUUAACUUUUAAAGAGACAGUUAAAUUAUAGUAAUUUAGGAUGUUCAUACUCAAAGCAAUAAUGAGUUUUAUUGUUCUUCUUUAAUGUGAAUUGGGGAACUUUGUGAUACAAUGUCUGUAGACACCUUCAGAAUCUGAUGCACCAUAAAGCGUAACUGUAACUUGGAAAAUAAUGGCACUUUCUGAUGGCUAACAAAACAUUGGCUAUUGUGUGUGAGAUAUAUCUUCAUACAUUUAUUUUUAAAUGAUUUUUUGUGUGUGUUUAUAGACCUUUAAAAUGGAUAUGCCACCUUUGAGGAUCUUUGCCUAUUUCGCAAAGACCCUUAAAACGGACAAAUCCAACGUGGGUCCUGUGACCACAGGGUUCAGGGAACAUAAGUUUUACGUUCCUUAGGAUGUCCAUUUUGGCAGCCGCCAUCUUCAUCCUGCUGUCCUCUUCUACUUCUGGUGCUUCAGUUGCCAGGAGCCAUGUCAGUGAGUGCUGCUGGGAUUGGACAAACGUUGACGGCGUAGUCUUGAUCAGUAUUUCAUAAAGGUUAUAUCUUCAAUUGAAAUACUGAAAAGUGAUAGAUCCAGUUUAAAAUAAGCAAUUUUUCUAUUAGGAUGGAAAUGCAAUUAUAUGUACGUAAUUACUGAUACUGGGGAAACCUGUUAUAUGUAUCGGAAAAAUCGGGUCUAACUCCGCACGUGCACUGGUAAUGAAUCUAAUCAUCAACUAUAAAUAAAUGAAAGAAAAACUUCAAAAAUCAAAAGUUUCUCUAUGCUAGUGUGAAAAGAUAUUUGUGUAUUUUUAAUAGGAAGUUCCACCAAAAGCAAAUUAUAAUUCAAAAGGAAGCAAUUCAAAAGAAAGAAAAGUGUGUGUGUGUGUGUUAUAAAGAUAUAUAUAUAUAUAUAUGUGUGUAUGUAAAAAAGAGAGAAAAUUCGUAUCUUGUAAUAUCUUUUUUUAUUGGACUAACAAUUUUGUAAUGACAAGCUUUUGGGAGAAAACAAACACCAUUCUUGUACAGGGUCAUAAAUAUCUUGUGUGAAGAUCACAGAGUGAGGGGGUAGUGAGAAAAAAAAACCAAGCAAACAGUGUCUAUUUUCCAUCAAACCUGUGUCUUAUCUGCACUCAUGUCGCUUUAACCCCUGAAUCACAAGUCAACUUUGAAUUCUAUGUGUUUUCUUUGAUCAGAAAUGCUUUAGACUUAAAUAAGGUAGGUUCUCCUGAAAGCUUGUCAUUAAAAAAUUCUGUUAGUCUAAUAAAAAAGGUAUUACAAGAUAGGAAUUGUAUCUGUUUUUUUACAUCUGCAUCACUGGACUAAUACGGCUACAAUCCCUACAUAUAUAUUAUUAUUUUUAUUAUUAUUGGUAUUUAUAUAGCGCCAACUAAUUCCACAGCGCUUUACAAUAUUAUGAAAGGGAUAUAUUUACAACAAAUGAGACAAUUACAUAGUGACACAAGAAUAAUUGGUAGAUGAGGGCCCUGCUCAAACAAGCUUACAGUCUAGAGGAGGUGGGGUACAAAUACACAACAGGGCAGCAAGGGUGACAGCCACCAAACAAGGUGGAAAAGUAGCAGAGCUAGAGGUAAGAAUGGAGUAUGGCUCUUUUAGGAGAGCAAGAGACAGAUAUGGAUAAGUAUAGAUAAGUUACUCUCGGAGUCCAUAAGCAUUUCUGAGCAGGUGUGUUUUGAGGGACUUCUUAAAUAAUUGAAGACUAGGGGAGAGUCUGAUGGGGGUAUACAUGUUGUUCCAAAAGAGCUGAGCUGCCCGCGAGAAGUCCUGCAAGCGUGAGUUAGCAGGAAGGGUGCGAGCAGCGGACAGGAGAAGGUCACCGACAGAGCGGAGAGACCGAGAAGGGGAAUAUCUAUGAAUAAGAGAAGAAAUGUAAGAGGGGCUAAAGUUGGUUAGAGCUUUAUAGGUAAGGGUUAGUAUAUUGAAUUGGCACCUAUAGGAUACAGGAAGCCGGUGUAAGGAUUGACAGAGGGGCAAGGUAUGACGGGUGAGAAAGAUCAGAAGGAGGAGGAUCAGCAUUAUGAGGGGAAAAAUAAGCUCAGUUUUAGAGAGAUUGAGUUUCAGAAAGCGGGAGGACAUCCAGUCAGAGAUUGAGGAAAGGCAUUGCAGGACCGCGAGGGAAAGAUCAGGGGAGGAGAGAAAGAGAGAAUAGAAGGGGACCAAGAACAGAUCCUUGGGGGACUCCAACCAAGACAGGGCGAGAGGAGGAGGUUCUUUGCAAAAGGAAACACUGAACGAACGUUGGAAGAGAUAGGAGGAGAACCACAAGAGGACAGUGUCACAGUGACCGAGGGAUUGAAGAAUUUGAAGAAGGAGAACAUGAUCAACAGUGUCAAAGGCAGCAGAGAGGUCAACAAGAAUUAGUAUGGAGUAGUGGCCUUUGGAUUUAGCUGUGAUUAGGUCAUUUGUAACUUUAAUAAGUGCAGUCUCAGUAGAGUGGAGGGGACAAAAGCUAGAUUGAAGAGGAUCGAGGAGGAAGUUGGAAUUUAGGAAGUAAAUCAUACGAGUAAAGACAAGUCUUUCUAGAAGUUUUGAAGUAAAAGUUAGCAGGGAUAUGGGACGACAGUUGGAAGGGGAAGACGGGUCUAGGGAUGUCUUUUUUUAUAGGAUGGGUACGACAGUAGCAUGCUUAAGGGGAGCAGGGACAACACCAGAUGAAAGAGAGCAGUUUAGGAUGUGUGUUAAAGGGACACUCCAGACACCCAGACCAAUCCUGCCCAUUGGAGUGGUCUGGGUGCCAACUUCCACUACCCUUAACCCUGCAACUGUAAUUAUUGCAGUUAUUUUUAUAAACUGCAAUAAUUACCUUGCAGGGUUAACUCCACCUCUAGUGGCUGUCUACUAGUGGCUGUCUACUAGACAGCCACCAAAUCUGAUUUACUAGACAGCCACUAGAGGGCACUUCCUGCUUCAUAGCACAGGUUUUCUGUGCUAGAGCGUCGCUGGACGUCCUCACGCUGUGUGAGGACCUCCAGCGUCGCUCCAUUCCCCAUAGCAAAGCAUUGAAAAGCAUUUUCAAUGCUUUCCUAUGGAGAGCUCUAAUGCGCGUACACGGCAUUGCCGUGCAUGCUCAUUAGGUCUCCUCAGCCGGCGGGCGAGAUCAGUCUCGCCCACCGGCUAAAGUAAUGACUGGGAGGAGCGGCGGCGAGCAGAAACCACCGCCGAGGGACAUCGGCGGGGUCUCAGGUAAGUGACCUGAAGGGUUUUUCACCCCUUCAGCAACUGGGGAUGGGAGGUGGGAGGGAGAGGGGACCUGCAGUGCCAGGAAAACGGAUUGUUUUCCUGGCACUGGAGUUUCCCUUUAAGGAUGGUACAAGACAAGGGAAAAGAGAUCUGAUAAGGUGGGAAGGUACUGGAUCAAGCGGACAGGUGGUGGGACGAGAGGAGAAGCAAAGCCACCUCCUGUUCUGUAGCUGGGGAGAAGGUCUGUAGGGUAGGGAAGGUACAGUCCAUGUGUGGUUGCGAGAGGGAGGAGCAAAGGGGGUGAGAAUUCUGCCCUGGACGCUGCACCGUCCAGGGCGGAAGUGAGGGUAGCAUUUUAUGAGGAGAUAGCCAGAGAGGGACAGGAGAAAGUGGGCAUGAAUGAGAGUUGUGGAGCUUAGAGAUAGUGCAUGCAUUAGAAAAAAUAAGAUCGUGGGUAUUGCUAGCUACAUGUGUGGGAGUAUCAGCCCACUGUGAUAGACCAAGGGAGGAAGUAAUAGAAAGUACUUUGGAAGCUACUGAGGUCAGGGGUGGGUUAAUGGUAAUGUUGAAAUAUAUAUAUAUAUAUAAUAUAUAAAUCCUGCACUCCAUAUAUGCCCAAUAUACUUGCCCGCUGCUUGUCAAGCAAAAAGAGUAAUCCAGAUAGCACUCCCAGGACUUUUUGCAAAAUAAAACGUAGCUUUUAAUCAGCUUUAAAAAUUAAUCAACGUUUCAGGUCCUGAUAAAAGUCUGCGAAUAACAGAUUGAAAGGUCGACUGAUUUUAAAGCUAAUUAAAAGCGAAGUUUUAUUUUGCAAAGAGUCCUGGGAGUGCUAUCUGGAUAUAUAUAUAUAUAUAUAUAUAUAUAUAUAUAUAUAUAUAUAUAUAUAUAUAUAUAUAUAUAUAUAUACUGCAAAACUCUGGUAUUUUGGCAUCCUGUCUACUGGACUAAUACGGCUAAUCAUAUAUAUAUAUAUAUCUCCAAAUUACCAGAGUAUUGCAGUAUGCAAUGACACCUUUUUUACUGGACUAACAUAAUAUUUCAAAGGCAAGCUUUUGAGUUUUCUCUUCCUCAGGUCUGAAUCAAUACUGAUCACUUAAAACAACUGAUGUUAGAAAAAGGAGGGUGUGGGUGAGUGGGGUGUCAUAAAUAGCAGAAGUUGUGUCUGGAAGUGAAAGGUGCAGGUUGUCUGAGAAUAACCAGAAAAAGUAAAUAAACAGAGGAGAGUCAAUAAGCUAGUUAACCCCUAUAUUAAUUCUACAUAUAUAUUUAUGUAAUAUUUUUACAUAAUUAGGUAUCUUAAUUAAUUACAAUUAGCGGGACCUGCCUGACAACCCAUGCCGAAAGUAAAGGGAAUUUUAUUUGCUAGCACUAUAUUUAACCCUAUAACUUUCCAAGACACCAUAAAACCUGUACAUGGGGGGUACUGUUCUACUCGGGAGACUUCGCUGAACACAAAUAUUAGUGUUUCAAAACAGUAAAAUGUAUUACAACGAUGAUAUCGCCAGUAAAAGUGAUGUUUUUUUGCAUUUUUCACGCACAAACAGCACUUACACGGACGAUAUUAUUGCUGUGAUACUUUUUACUGUUUUGAAACACAAAUAUUUGUGUUCAGCGAAGUCUCCCGAGUACAACAGUACCCCUCAUGUACAGGUUUUAUGGUGUUUUCAAAAGUUACAGCGUCAAAUAUAAGGCUUGUGUUUCAUUUUUUUCACAUUAAAAUUCGCCAGAUUGGUUACGUUGCCUUUGAGACCCUAUGGUAGCCCAAGAAUGAAAAUUACCCCUAUGAUGGCAUACCAUUUGCAAUAGUAGACAACCCAAGGUAUUGCAAACAGGGUAUGUCCAGUCUUUUUUAGUAGCCACUUAGUCACAAACACUGGCCAAAAUUGGCAUUUUUUGCAUUUUUCACACACAAACAAAUACUAACGCUAACUUUGGCCAGUGUUUGUGACCAAAUGGCUACUAAAAAAGACUGGACAUACCCCAUUUGCAAUACCUUGGGUUGUCUACUAUUGCAAAUGGUAUGCCAUUAUGGGUGUAAAUUUCAUUCCUGGGCUACUAUACAGUCUCAAAGGCAACAUAACCAAUCUGGCGAAUUUCAAUUUCAAAUGUAACGUGUUAUAUUUGACCGUGUAACCUCCCAAAACGCCAUAAAACCUGUACAUAGGGGGUACUGUCUUACACGUGAGACUUUGCUGAAUACAAAUAUGUGAAUUUUAUUGCCGUAAAAGCAAACAGUAUUAUGACAUUGACAGUUAAAAUGUCAUGUAGAACUAAAAAAAUUAAAAAAACAUCUUAUUUUCUCCCAUUUUUUUCAUAUUAAAUUAUGUUUCAUAGCUAAAUAUUUGAUAUUAAAUGAAAGCCCUGUUUCCCCUGAAUAAAAUGAUAUAUAAUAAGGGUGGGUGCAUUUAAUAUGAAAGAGGUGAAUUACGGUUGGACAGACAUGUAGCGCAAAUGCCAGGUUUUGUUUAAUUUUGUUUGUAAACAAAAUCUGGCUCCGUACUUAAGGGGUUAACCAGCUUCUCUGUUUGCUUAUUUUUUUCUGGCUAUUCUCAACCUUUCACUUCCAGGCACAUCUUCUGCUAUUUAUGACACCCCACUCACCCCCUCCCUCCCUUUCUCUAACAUCAGUUGUUUUAAGUGUUUUCAACUUUAUCAGAUUGAUCAGUAUUGCUUCAGACCUGAGGAACAAAGGAUAACUCUCGAAAACUUGUCUUUGAAAUAUUAUGUUAGUCCAAUAAAAAAAGGUAUCAUUGCAUACUGCAAUACUCUGGUAUUUUGGCAUCAUAUAUACAUAUGUACACAAGCCAAUUUUAUAUAUAUAAAACACGUGUGCAUACCUUGUAUAGAGUAAUUUUUUACUGAUAGAUUCUAUACAAACAGCUCUUUCUCUUCUUGUACUCUGUCUCCCUAACAAAAUAGAGAAAUUAAGAAAUUUUAUUUUUUUUAGUUUUACUUGGCAUUUUAACUGUGAAUGACAUAAUAAUGUUAGCUGUGACUGCAAUAAAAUACACAUAUUUAGUCACAAACACUGCUCAACGUUAGCGUUUAUAUUUGUUUGUGUGUGAAAAAUGCAAAAAACUAAUUGAAUGCUAAUUUUGGCCAGUGUUUGUGACUAAGUGGUUACUAAAAAAGACUGGACAUACCCUGUUUGCAAUACCUCGGGUUGUCUACUUUUGCAAAUAGUAUGCCAUCAUGGGGGUAAUUCUCAUUCCUGGGCUACCAUACGCUCUCAAAGGCAACGUAACCAAUCGGACAAAUUUCCAUGUGAAAAACUUAAAUGCAAGCCUUAUAUUUAACUCUUUGUUAUAUCUAUAUAAAUAUAUAUAUCAAUAUAUAUUUAUAAUGUCAUUCUAAAUGUAUUUUGAUAAACAAAAAGUAUAUUUAUAUCAAAAUACAGAAAUAUAGUUAGAAUACAAUUACACAUGUUUUUUUAUAUAUAUAUAUUUAAAAAAAUGUUUAUUUUAUUUUUUUUUAUGUUUUUAUUGAUUAUUUUUUAAUAUAUAUAUAUAGUUCUAUUAGAGAUUGUAGCCGUAUUAGUCCAGUGAUGUAGAUGUAAAAAACUGAUAAAAUUUGUAUCUUCUUGUCAUUAAAAAAAUUCUGUUAGUCCAAUAAAAAAAGUAUUACAAGAUACAAAUCUGAUCAGUAUUUUACACACACACACACACACACACACACUCUCACUCUCUCUCUCUCUCUAAUUCUAAGUGUGUUUUAAUAUUAAAGGACCACUAUAGUUUUCCUGGCACUAUAUAGUCCUUAGGUCUCCCCCUCCCGCUGGGCUGAAGGGGUUAAAACCCCUUCAGCCACUUACCUCAUUCCAGUGCUGGGCUCCCUCGGCGCUGGUGACCUCUCCUCCCCCUCCGUUGUCAGCUCCCGUGUGUAGCCGAAUGCGCAUGCGUGGCCAGAGACGCACAUGCAUUCAAACCGCACAUAGGAAAGCAUUACUCAGUGCUUUCCUAUGGACGUUCUGCGUGCUCAAUGCGAUUUUCGCAUAGAGCGUCGCUGAAGGGCCUCUAGCGGCUCGCAGGAAGACAGCCACUAGAGGCUGGAUUAACCCUGCAAUGUAAACAUAGCAGUUUCUCUGAAACUGCUAUGUUUACAGCUGCACGGUUAAAACUAGGGGGACCUGGCAACCAGACCACUUCAUUGAGCUGUAGUGGUCUGAGUGACUAUAGUGGUCCUUUAAUAUACACUUUUAAUAAUUGUGUUUAUGUAUGUAUGUAUGUGUAUAUAAAAGUACUUAGAUCAUAUAUAUAUAUAUAUAUAUAUAUAUAUAUAUAAAUCAAAGUACUUCUUACUUGGGUUUUAUAACAGGCAGAGCUACAAACAGCCAUUCCGGCCAUGUGAUCGUGAGGACCACGUGAUCACAUGUCUAGGGAGUGCAGAAUCUGCUGCAGGGGGACUGCCUGGGCUCCUAGGAUGCCAGGAUGGCCACUGUCCUUAAAAAAACUGUGAUUCAAUACUUUCCUAUAGGAAAGGCUCAAUAAGCGCGUGGUGCUCGCCAUGCAUUCUCAUUAGGAUCCCCCUCAUGAUGAUGUCAGAGUAGGUGAACGGAGGUUGCAUGGGGACGGUGGUACAUCAGAGUGUUAUGAAUACAGCUUUGUAUUCCUUUAAUACACUUUAAGUCAUUUUAGAAGAUGUAUUUCCAUAUAGAGGCAAUAAUAAAUAAAGUCUAGGGAAGGGUAUAUCUGAUGUGAUAGGAUAAACAGUGAAAUUCAGAUAUUUUGGUUACACACAGUUACACGAGCUAAUUAUUGCACAUACUUUGUUUCCUUUUGAAUUCUAAUUUGCUUCUGAUGCUACUUCCAACUAAAGAUUCCCAAAUAUCUUUUUCACACUAGCAUAGAGAAAUUUAACAUUUUGGAAGUUUUUCUUUUGUUCCUUUGUAUUGAAAGGAAAUUAAAUUAGUCUGGUGGUUCUGUUCUUUCCCUGGACAUAAAUAAAUCUCAUGUUACGCAUUCAUUUCUAGAUGUCUGGACUCACGAGGAGAGCUAA